CGGCGCAUCCACUUCCGCCGGCCGCGCCUCCCCCACGCUCCCCCCGCCCCGGCGCGGCAACUACGGAGCUCCUCUGCCAGCGCCGUGGGGAGGGAGCAUCUGGACACGGGAACCCUGCAGCAGCGGCAGCAGCCAGCCCUGCUCCGGCCGGGCUUCUCGCCCCUUGCACGGUGAAGUUCAUAAGCUUCUAAAAUGUCAUCAGUCAAACGCCUAGUAUAUGCGGUCAUCCAUUUCUUGAGAGAACAGAGUCAGCUGGAUGCUUUCACUUCAGAUGAACAAGAAAGCUUGGAAGUUGCAAUUCAGUGUUUGGAGACUGUUUUUAAGAUUAGCCUAGAAGAUACGCAUCUUGCAGUGCCACAGCACUUGACAGAAAUGUUCUCAAAUUCUUUUCACAAGAAUGACAUGUUGCCUCUCUCCGAUUCGUUGCCAGAAGAUAUUGAAAAGGCUGACCAGCUGAAGGAUGAAGGUAAUAAUCACAUGAAGGAAGAAAAUUAUGUUGCUGCAGUGGAUUGUUAUACUCAUGCUAUAGAGCUGGAUCCAAAUAAUGCAGUGUAUUAUUGUAACAGGGCUGCUGCUCAAAGUAAGAUCAGCAACUACAAUGAAGCAAUAAAAGACUGUGAGAGAGCAAUAGCAAUAGAUCCAAAAUACAGCAAAGCAUAUGGGAGAAUGGGGUUGGCCCUGACCUCUAUGAACAAAUACCAAGAAGCAAUUACCAGUUACCAAAAAGCACUGGUUCUUGAUCCAGAAAAUGACUCUUACAAGUCAAAUAUGAAAAUAGCUGAACAGAAACUAAGAGACCUCUCCAGUCCUACUGGAACAGGACUGAGUUUUGACAUGGCAAGCUUGAUAAACAACCCAGCAUUCAUUAGUAUGGCAGCAAGUUUAAUGCAGAAUCCUCAAGUUCAACAACUAAUGUCGGGGAUGAUGUCCAAUGCCAUUGGCGGCCCUGCUGCAGGUGUUGGUGGCCUAAGUGAUCUGUCAAGCCUCAUACAUGCGGGACAACAGUUUGCACAACAGAUACAGCAGCAGAAUCCAGAGCUCAUAGAACAACUGAGAAAUCAUGUCCGGAGCAGAUCUUUCAGUGGCAGCACUGAAGAGCAUUCCUGAUUUAAAGGAGGCAUGUGGUUGUAGAACUAGAAAUGUGAAUGGCAUAUAAUCCCAAAGCGCAUAUAAUAGCUAGUAGCAAAUGCAUCAUUGUAACUAUUCUGCUUGGACACGAGACAGAAAAUCCUUUGUGUCUGUUCGUUAAACAAAGAAUAAAUCUGUUAAACAGAUCUGUUGCACACAAGUUUGAACAUAUAGUGUGUGUAUAUAUAGUGAAUCCUUUAUAAAUUUAGUAUAUAUUGAAUACAUUGACUUAUUAAACUUCCCAUAUAUAAAAGUUAUCAUCUUUAGGCUUUUCAAAUUAAUGAACACUAUCUCUUUUAAAGAGAGGCUACUUGCUAUGCACCAAGGCUGUGCAUUGGAGUGAUCUACAGGGCUUCUCAGGGGGGAAGUGAGUCUAAUGCUUUAAUGGGUGGUGGUGGUAUGCCUGCGUAGAAAUUUAGUUUUAAAAAUUACAUUGUAAAAGGCCUGUUGUUCAGUAGUGAAGGUUUCCAUGGCUCUGCUUCUUACCAGAUCUGCUAUGAAACAAUAGAUCUGACCAGCACUUUGCUCCUUGUGAUGAGCCUAUGUGGGUGAUGGAGUGCAAUGUGGAUUUAAAACAUGUGCCAGAGCGUCAAUCCUGUGACUGCAUAGCACUGAGUGUCCCUAGUGUUUGUUGAGAGGCUUUUGCUAGCAGCAUCAUAUGCAUUUCAACUUUACCUGGUGGGAAGAAGGUGAGUGGUAGAGACUAGGGAUGAUUAAGAGUUGCACGUACAGAGAGGAUGAUAAAACUGAGCUAGGAGGAAGAUGUGCAGAAAUCAGAGGAAGAGACCAGGCCAAGGGAGAAGGAAAGGAAUUUCUACUGCUAUAUAUGUCCUCAAAUCAUCUUAGUAGCCCUGGAGGUCUCCAUUAUGGCACUAAUAGCAUAGGCAUGGCAAGUUGUGCUUCAUUCUUGUGUGUAUACAGUAUACAACCUAAGUUUAAAAAUCCUUAACUGUGAUUAGUUAAACUGGUCACACACCUGCACAAGUCAUUAGCACUGAAGGUAACUUAGGUAAUUAGAACAAAGAAAUCAAUAUGUACCAUUGUGCGGUAAAUCACUGGCUUAGGGAAAAAACACAGUUAAGGAUUUUUGAAGUUUAAUUAUAUCAUAACUUGUAUAUUUUAAAUAAGUGAUUAAUGGUGUACAGGCCAUGAAAUAGUUCUUUCAGUCUGUUACUCUUCCCAGCCCUCCUAACCAGACACUUUCAGACCCCCUUGCUUUUCUGUAUUUUUUCUUUAAAUAUUUUUGUAACCUGUUUCUCUUCAGUUUGCUAUUCAUGCUAUCUACUGCUGCUGGAUAAACUUAGGCUUGGUCUAUUCCAGUGUUUCUCAACGACUGGUCCAUGAACCCACGCCAGUCCCUGAGAUCUCCCUGCCACAGUUUGGGAAGGCAGCAAGCCGGUCCCUGGUAUCAAAGAGGUUGAGAAACACUGGUCUAUACUACUAAAUUUUGUCAAUAUAACUACAUCACUUAGGGGUGUGGAAAAUCCACACGCCUGAGCAAUGCAGUUAUACCCACCUAACCCCUGGGGUAGACAGCACUAGAUCAACAAAGCUACCUCUUCUCAGGAAGGUGGAGUGCCUGUGCUGACAGGGGAAGUAGUGUCUUCCCUAAGCGCUCGUGAGAAGACAUUGCAUGGAAUGUAAGCGAGAGCAGAAUUUGAAAUUAAGGCAGGAGCUCCUUUGAGUUUGGUGAUGGGAGGGUAAAAAUUCCCAAUUUUGUCAGGCUGUAUAUAUUGCACAGGGGGGAAAUUUGUAGCUGUGUCCAUGGUGAGAUGAGGAGAAAAGUUGUCUUAAAAACAAACAUGGACAAGAAAACCAGACUAACAUUCAUUGCAUAAGACACUUUAUAUUUUAUUCAUUAAAUAACUCCUACAUGGCAUUAGAAUAUUAGCUUUAUUUUUUCUAAAAAGAAUGCUAUUUAUAAUUGCAAUACAUGCUCAUUAAUGUACUUUGGGGGUGUAUUGGAGACAUUAGGCAAACAUCCCUAAGCUCUAAAUUGAAUGAGUGCUACUCUGUUUUAUUGGCUGACCACAUGGAAAGAAGUGCUUACACUGGCUGUGUGUCUGCCUUGGGAGGAACUGACUUAUGUAGGUACUUUAGCUUUUUUUCAGUUGUAGUUCAGGUAACUAAUAUCUGCCUUUAGGCAGAUUAUUUUUAAUAAAAAAAAUUGCUUUUUAUAAAAACACUGAAAACGGAUGAAGCCCCAAACAAUAGUUCAUUAGGAAUCUACAUAUGCAAAAAUAAUUUGGCAGAUUUUUUCCAUAAUGCACUUGUUAAACAGACCAUUUACACAGUGUAUUUUCCACUAUAUUUCACCAUUCCAGCUUUUUAGCAACACCAGUGUCAAUUCCAGGUUUUUUUGCACUAAAUUUAAUAAAGGAAACAAAAAAACAAACAAAAAGUAACAGUGGGGCUUUACAGAAGCUAAGGAUGUGCCCCAGUAUAUUUACCCGUGUCUUCUGACAAUCUUCAUUUAAUAUUUUAUUUUUCUCUUACCCUCUCCUACUGAAAAGUCUUGUGUAGCUGAGUGUCUUUAAUGAUGGUUAAGUAUAAUAAUCCUAAACUAUACUCUUCUAUAUAACAAUGAUAUAAACAAAGGUUGGCUGUCAGGGCUCAAAACAGCCACUCUUUCUGCUUGUAGUUAUAUGUACAUGUAGCUACUGAGUAUUCUGCAGCUGUCUGUGUUCUGGUAGAGCCAGCCCUGUCAAACUGCUCUGGAGUAGUUAUCACUAAUGCUAUGAACCGUACUCUUGGAACCAUGCUUAUUAGAAGUUGUAACUUCCAUUUUACAUACCACACUGUUAAGAAUGUGAGUCUUAUUCCAGCAUCUGUAACAAGAAUGCUUCUUUUUAGAGUUUUGAUGGCAUUACCUAAUGCGGGAACAUGCCACACUUGUCACAAUAUAAAACUUACAACUGUCUAUUAUAUUUUGCAUAUGAACAGAUGGGACUUUAUAGCUUAAUAAAAAUAGAACACUGAAAUUCCCUAAUGGACAGUAGCUGUCAUUAACUACUCUUUCCAUUUAAGUCCAGGAAGAGUUUUCAUUCAUGCUAAAAUGUAUUUUGCCACUCUGCAGGCUACAUUGUUCACAAUGUCAUGACUUGUUUUAAUCAGUAGUUGAAGAGAGAGCUUGGGUACUUUGAAAAAAAUUCAUACUGAUAAGUGGAAAACCAUGAUCUAAACAAAUAUUGCUUUCAUUUUAGACCAACUGCAGUUUCAGUGAACUAAAUAAAUAAUUAUGCAUUUAAAAUUU